AAUUGUGGGACAGAAGUAAACAUGGAGCUCUCUGCUGUCGGAGAGAGGGUCUUUGCGGCCGAAUCCAUCAUCAAGCGACGCAUAAGAAGAGGUCGAAUGGAGUAUCUUGUGAAAUGGAAAGGCUGGUCUCAAAAAUACAGCACCUGGGAACCAGAGGAAAAUAUUCUCGACGAACGUCUUUUCGCUGCUUUUGAGGAGAGGGAGCGUGAGAGGGAACUAUAUGGACCGAAAAAAAGGGGACCGAAACCAGAGACCUUUCUGUUAAAGGCAAAAGCUAAAGCCAAAGCAAAAAGUUAUGAAUAUAGAAGAGAGAUGUCACGAGAGAUUCGAGUUUCUUUUCCUGUAGCGGAGCCGGUUGUCACGCCCAGAGCUCGAGAAGGCCUGCGAACAGUUGUGCCUACUAUUUUUCCUCCAAGCACUGUCAACAGGGGAGAAAGUGUUCGACUUCGACCACCAGAGCCAGAAAGAAGACCUCGACCUCCUGUGUCUUCAUCGCGAGACUUUAUGGACUUCGAUAAUGUGCCGAAAAAGAGAGGACCAAAACCAAAGCUGCGUUUCCCGGUUAAUACUCCUAUUGGAUGUUCAUCCACUGAACCCGUGAAAAGGAGAGCAGAUGAACACUUGUGUUUUAGUCAUUCGAAAAUGGGAAGACCUGCUCACCUUACGGAAGAAACAUCCAAGUGUAGCGCGAUCCAGUUAACAAAGACAAGCACCAUUCAAAAACAAAAUGGAAGUGGGUCAAGUGGCACUGUUAUGCUUGGAGGCACCCUGCAAAAAACAGGGCAUGACAUUUUGCAGCAUGAAACAAAGGAUUUUUCAAGUGGCACGUCAGAUCACCCCAAGAUGAAACAUCUUUCCAAAAAUAUGUUUCGGUCCGAUGACUUGUUGGAUGAUCUGAAUUCUCCGAAAUUCCCAUUGUCACUAAUGAUGCUUGAAGAUGAAACCGAGGAAACCUGGACUCCGUGUCUCACAAAUAUGGAGAAAAUUGUCGUGACAGAUAUAACAAGUAACUCUUUGACUGUAACGAUUAAGGAGAGUUCAACAGACAAAGGCUUCUUCAAAGAAAAAAGAUGAUUUGGAUCUUCAUUGUUCACUGAUGUAAAUGAAAAGCUAUCUAAUCAUUUAAGAGUUUGUAUUUCUAUACUUUUAGGUCUCUAACUGUAUAAAGUAUGCCUUGCAAUAUUGUAUAUAUGUAACAAAACAAUUAAUCAGCAUAUACAUUUUCAUUCAUAUUUUCUAUGAAAAUGAAGCUUAUUUUUUUACUUCCAAAGUUUUGUGUAGUGCCCACCGAUUUUUUUCCUGUCAACCUUCGUCAGCUAUAAUGGACGUAGGAAGAGGAUGCUGAUAAUAUUACAUUAUGACUCGGGCCUCUUUCAACUCAUGGCGCCUUUUAUUAAGAGGGAACGGUUACUUCCUCAUGUAUCAUCUUCUGUGUUCUUUAUUGUAUUUUCUGAUCGGAGUUUGUGUAUAUCUGAAGGUCCAACAUUUUCGUCUGUAUUAAAGCACAAAGUAAAAAUACGACCAUAAAUGUUCACCAAACUGUUUUACUUGAUAGUGUAGAUUUUAAUUAAAGUACGGCACUCCACGAACACGCGUUCGGGAUUUUGACAUGCAGCUAUAUUUUCUCCCUUUAGGGUAUGGCUUCAAAUAAAACAUUUUUUGUCCAGUGAACAGAA